AUGAGCGACGACAGUAAUAAUAACACGCGCCCUCCGCCGCUCACGGUGACCGCGUCGUCGUCGCCGACGGAUGAGCGACGACGGGCUGCUGCUGUUGAGCAGGGGGAUUGGAGUGAUGGACAUACCUCGCAGAGCCGCGUGUCUGAUCAUAUUGAGAUGCCAGAAGACAGCAAUAAGGAAAACAACAACGACGAAAACAAAACCACAAACAAACAAGAUGCAGAAGACAACGCGGGAAAGCGCAGAAAAGUGCCGGAGCUGGGCGAUCGGAAUAGACGCCUCCAAGGCCCCGGCCUAAAAUGGCACAAAGCGUACUCGGAGCUGGAUACAUUUGGUGGUCGCGUGCUCGUUAUUGAUUUUGCCAAAGCUGACAAAUCAAACUCGCACGUCCGCAAAGUCGCCGCCCAGGAAAUCUUCUCCCUCGACAGCCUGCGCCGCAUCUACCAUGCCCCCGACGCCCAGAAAUACCCUCCAGCUAUGCGUGUAAUUCACGUUCAAAAUGCCGAUUGGGCGAUUCCCUUUUUAUUGCGCAAGUAUAACAUAUCUGCAGAAAACACUAAUAAACAUGACAACACCGUCGUGGCCGAUUUUGGGCGCUAUCUGCGAUAUAAAAAGCCAGAGAUGCGUGGUGGGAAACCAUUUUUGGCGGGCAAGACGUGGAAAGUGCAGUAUGAUCCGUGGAGAGGGGUGAAUAAGACAUCUUUUGGCUUGGAUUAUAUCAAGAGUUUCCCGUCUAGUAGCAGGGCAAGACGAAGAAGAGAAAAUGGGGGGAGGGAUGAUGGUCGGGAUCGGAUGAUGCAGUUGGAUGAUUUUGAUGACAAUGACGAACCAAUAUGCAGCCACGACGUCUAUGUCCAACGACUGAGCUGCUACAUCCAGCACCAGCAGACCGACUCGGACAAGCGCCUCUCCCUCGACGACCUGCCCCAGCGCAAACAUUUUUACCCCAGCGACGUCUUUGGGGAUGGCGGCGGCGGCGACACCGUAGUAAACGGCGCGCGCAAAGACCGACACGAGUUCCAGUCUCGACUACGCAGUCUGGAUAACGGAAAUGUGAUUAUCGUCUUUGACAACUCGUCCUCUGGAUGCAUCGAGGACACACUGAUCCCCGCACGACGCGAUCUCGAGUGUCGCUGGCGCCGACUCCCUUUUUACUUGGCCUUUGAAUCGCGAGACCCGAUCAAGGGCGACGACGAGACGCUCGCGCUGAAUUGUUCAAAGGCCGUGCUGGGCGAUAUCUUCAAGGCGAUUGUCAUGACCUGGGACGGGUUUCUGGACCAUGCUGGCACGCACAUGACCAUCCUCGAAGACAAAAUCUACGACCAGCCCGCGGACGAGUCGCGCGCGCCAGAGCUGUGGGCGAACUCGAGCGCGUGGCUCAAGGUCGAGAAGCUGGUGAAUGUGCAUAGUAGCGUGAUGCAAGAGAUGAAGACGCGGCUGCACGAGUUGACGGACGACAUCGAUACAGAGGACAACUGGCUCGACGACAGCCCCGGCGACUUUGACCGGCUCAAGAACCUGGUCACCGAGGACCUGACCAAGCCCACCGAGUCGCUGAUCUCGCUGCUGUACCAGAGCGUGUCGAUUCGGGAUAGCAGGCACAGUUUAGAGCUGGGCGUGAGCAUGUGGCGCCUGAGCUGGAUCACCUUCAUCUUCCUCCCCCUGACAUUUAUUGUUGGCUUCUUUGGCAUGAACGUCGACACCUUCGAGAACAACCCCAGCAUGAAAUGGUAUUUCAUCUCCGCCAUCCCCUUCAUGAUAGGCAUAAUCGCCAUCUACUUCUUCACAAAGCGUCUGGCCACACAGAGCCGCCGCACGCCGCACGAACGCGCCGUAUACCAGUCCUUUUUCCAAGAAAUGGCCGCUGCGAACCCGCUACUGUGGUCGCGCGGAGGUCCCAGGGCUCAUAUCCGCCCGCACGGAAGAAUCGCACGCCUGAAAUGGACAUUGGUGAAAUGGUGGUUACGGCCGACGAAUACCAUUGUUAUUGACGCGGAAGACUCUGUUGCUACAAACGCCGAUGGCGAUACUGCUGAUCACGCUAUCGGGGGAGGGAAAGAUAGUCUCGGCACGAUAUCCAGAAUUCAAAGGUAUUUAUCUAGACGCUGGACAGACCAGAUCUCGCGCAAUGUGUCGUCGUCUGGUUUGGAUUCUGAGGCACAGUUGAUGAUGCUGGAUGAUUUGGGUCCGGAUGAUAGACUCAGUGGUGAUCAUUCGAUUGGCGAAGGGUUGACGGAGAUUGCAGAGACGUUGUCGGCGGCGGCGUUGCCGAUCGUGGUACAUCAUGAACGUUCAGCGUCAGAUCCUGGCGGCCUUCAUGAGCAGCAUCAAGCUGCACCGACUCAUUUGCUUCGAGUCCCUGAACACACGACAAAAGCUGCAAUGAGCAUUAUCACGCCAAUACAGCAGACGCAAUCACAGCAGCAGCAACAACAACGACAACAACAACAGCAACAACAGCAAGAUACGACAGUAGCAGCCCAUUUCGACACCAGCGAAAUCUCCAACCCGGUCAUCGCAGCCGCCCUACAGCGCUACGAACGGCGACGUUCGCGAAGCAACAGUUCACGUGGAGCACGCAGACCACGCAGCAGCGGUUCAUCAGGCGGCGGACGAAAUAGCAACUCGGUACUGGUCGAAGAAGAGGAUGCGGACUGGCUGCAGGAGCGUGGGCGAAAGGGCAAGGAUUGGGUGUGGCGGCGGACGGGGUCGGGAGGUGAGGCCGAGUAUAGAAAUUCGAGCUCGGCGGAGAGGAGCAGGCCUAGAAUCUAG